GACAACAAGAAGAUCAGUGAAGAUCAGCUAAGCGGGAUACUUCAGUUUUCACAACGCAGCAUCUGUUGCCUUUCUGUUUGCUUCAGACGCUCAGUUUUCUUCUUUUUGGUGGAAUAAGCCUUCAAAGGCGCCCAAGAUCUUUGGAUUUUUUCUCAGAUAAAACCGGUUUAAAGUCGCUGUUUAAGAAAUACAAACGAAUUGAAUUAAACCGAAUCGCAAAAAGCGUCCAAUGGAGCAAUCCUCCAGCUCCAGCCCAAGCGGCACCGGCCACACGCCCCAUCCCACCCAGCACGAGCCCAUCAGCUUCGGAAUCGACCAGAUUCUUAGCGGAACCGACCAGGAAACUCAGCAGAACUCCUCGAAGCCUACCUCGGACACGGAACGGAUCAGCGAAGGCGGGGGCUACCACCUGGGUAGCCCGACUGUUGCCAGCGCCACCCCGUACCCGGCAGUGACCGGCGCUUUCCAUGGUAUUGCAGCUCCGUAUGAGGAUGCCAGACCUUACGGGGUCAACCUAACCCUUACUCCAGGUGGGGUCAUAAGGGUACCGGCCCACCGGCCACUGGCUGCUGCCGUGCCACCGCCUUUGGCCAGCGCAGCACCCGGACUGGGGGGCAUCAGCUUCCCCUGGAUGGAGAGUAGUCAACGCUUCGCCAAAGACAGAUUUGCAGCGGCCCUGGCGCCCUUCACCGUGGCCAGACGCAUUGGUCACCCCUACCAGAACCGCACUCCCCCCAAGAGGAAGAAGCCCCGCACUUCAUUUUCCCGCGUGCAGAUCUGCGAGCUGGAGAAACGCUUUCACCGGCAGAAGUACCUGGCCAGCGCAGAGCGAGCAGCUCUUGCCAAAACUCUGAAGAUGACGGACGCGCAGGUUAAAACCUGGUUCCAGAACCGCAGAACCAAAUGGAGGCGACAGACGGCAGAAGAGCGGGAGGCUGAGCGCCAGCAGGCCAGCCGGCUGAUGCUCCAGCUCCAGCACGAUGCCCUGCAGAAGUCCCUGAGCGACUCAGUCCCUGCUGACCCCCUCUGCAUCCACAACUCCUCACUGUUCGCCCUGCAGAACCUGCAGCCAUGGACUUGUGGGGAGGAGGGCACCAAACUGGGGGCUGCUCUCGUAUGAGUGGCUGGACUGAAGCAGCGGGCAGAAAUCUUCUAUAUGGAGGAGAUCUAUUGACUGUUCUGCAGGUUUUACCUCCACCUCCACCUCCAAACCCGGCUUAAAAAAUAAAGGUGCUUAGAAGGGUUCUUUGAUGCAGUAUUACAGAACACAUGUCACCUUUCAGAAGAUUUUAAAGAAGUUUUUUUAAAAGCCAUGGUUGGUGAUUAAAUGGUUCUUUUAGAUUUUCGAGUUUAUGCAGAUCUUUUGUAAAAGAGAUUUGCAGGAACGUUUUCCCCUAGAAUAUGGUAUGUUUAAGUCAAGAACCAUUUAAGAACCUGUAUUUUUUUUUUUAAGAAACUGAUUCAGCUAAUCAAGGAGUCAAAAGACUUUUGAGGACAAUCAUUAGCUGGAUCAGGUUUGGUAGGUUUGGAGAUGAAACUCUCUGCAAGUCAAGUAGAUCUGAUGAAUAAGGGUUGGUGGCAUGGACUGGAAGGAUGUACUGCCAUCUUGAUGGCCACAUUGCCGGUUGAUUCAAAGUCCAAAGGCAAGAACUGUUUUUCUUAACUGCAACUGAUCCCGGCCAGCACUCAGCAGGGCCCUGUAAAGAACUGGACGAUCUCUGUAUGGAAGCCGACAUAGGGAUUAUCCAUUCUGCUCCAGUUGAAAAUGACAUAUAAUAAAAGACCUGCAGAGUGCAGUAGGUCAGCCUGCAGUCGUCCAGCCCUCCACUCCAUACCAACAUAUUGACAGACCGAUGCAUCACAUAUCUGCUACUGUGCGCCUCCCUGGUUCCAUAUGUCUCUCUUUUUUUACCUCCAUCUCAUCAGUCCAUCACGUCGAGAGAAUGCAGGACUAAUGACGGAGGGAAGCAUAAUGAGGGAUAAAUUAUUCACAACGUCAGUUUGUCUGACCUCGUACGCCCCUCUUUUGCUCAAUUUGACCAUUGGUGGGAAAGCUAACAAGCAUGUAAACGCACACAUAGACAUACAUAAGAUGCAUAAUCCAUUCAGGACACCAUAGCAAUAGAGGGGCUGAUAAAUCAUACAUCAUUCAAGUGAAUACUGCAAUGCUUACAAUUGUUGUAAGGGUCAAGGGCUAUUCUGCUAUUAAACAUUAAUUUUUACUUUAACGAAAUGUAACAAAAAAUACUAAAUAAUAACACCAGUUCUUUUAUUUAAUGGGAAAAUUCCAUCACCAUCUGUCAUUACAGUAUGUUUAGCGCAGAAUUAUCAUUGUACAGAAAUUUACCACACAUACAGAUUACAGUGGUGGUGACUAGAUCCAGGUGUACCGAUGAUAUAAUUUGUAUUUAGUUUUAUUUUGAAUUUUGGUUAUCAUCCAAACCAAUCAGUGAACCCACACAUGUUUUCCAAGUUUUUAUAUGUAAUUUUGGUGAUCAAUCUAAGGUAACCCUAAAGACAAAUGGUUUUCUAUGGGGACUACAAAUUUAUUUAUUUAUAAUUUAUAAUAUAUUUAUAGUAUAUUUCUCAGCCCCAACUUAAAGCCAAAAACAUAAUAUAAAAAAUACACAUUCCCUGUAACAUUCCCGUUAAAGACAUGAACAUCUUCCAACCUCUGAAUCUAUUCACAUCAACCCAACAAUAUACAAUUUUGACUUUCAGUAAGGAACAUUUCACACCAAACCCCUCUAAAUCUAUGUUUUCCCUCCUGUUAUGUUGAAAUUAGGGACAGCAAUAUUGUUACCAGGUCAAAUUGCCCCAUGUUUAACAAUGUUCUACAAUGCAAAAGUAGAUAAAGUAAACCAUUUCUCUUUAAACAUUAUCUUUAGAUUAAUUAUUUAGUGCAACUUUUUCACCAAUUACUGAUCAUGUUUCACCAGUGAGAAUUCAUAAUAAUUCACAAAGCACAAUAAGAAUAAUAAGAAUGAGCUUAGCUUUGGUUUAUAUUUUCAUAAUUUAAAGGCCAAACUGAUCAAAACAAUAUGUGUGAAAUGUGUGUAAACCAUAUAUACCAACCUACAUAAUACAAUACAUUAAAUUAGUCACUUCCAUUUACAUGUUCAAUAACAAUUAAUUAAUAAUUAAGCCCAGCUAUGUUAAUGGUUAAUGCUAAAGGUUUUUUUUGUUUGUUUUAGCAUUUUACCACCAACAACAUAACAGGAGGGAUACAGAUUUGGAGUUACCAUUUUGUUAUAUGGCCACAAAGAUUAAGUCAGCACAAAUCAGUAUGUGAGAACAGUUAAAAUAGAAAUGUUUGUAAAGUGGCAGAGCAGUUUGCGAUGUGAUAAAAGGGAAAAUUGUAAAUGGUGGUGAAAAAUAAAGUGUGUGUAAAAUGUUUGUAAAAUGCUCUUAAGGGAAAGGAGCGCAGUUGCAUCUAAAUGAGUGUAUAAUACAUUGUAAUUGAUAUGUAAAUAGCUAAAGUGUAAUUAAACACCCCUUUUUGACUUUAA